CCCCCUCCGGUCACUUCGCCGCCGGCUCGCCCGGCUUCCAGACUCGCGGCUUCCCGGCUGGGCCCUCGCCGCGCGCCUCGGCCGGGCGCGGGAAAGCCAUGGCCGCGGUGCCCGCGACGCGCAGAGGGUGGCAGCUGCUGCUAGUGCUGAGUGCCGCGAGCGUGGUGGCCCCCGGCGCCCCGAGGCCCCCCAACAUCGUGCUCCUGCUCAUGGACGACAUGGGGUGGGGUGACCUGGGGGUGUAUGGAGACCCUUCUCGAGAGACCCCAAAUUUGGACCAGAUGGCUGCGGAAGGAAUGCUUUUCCCUAACUUCUAUUCUGCCAACCCUCUCUGUUCACCGUCCCGGGCAGCCCUGCUCACGGGACGGCUGCCCAUCCGCAAUGGCUUCUACACCACCAACGCGCACGCCAGAAACGCGUACACGCUGCAGGAGAUGGUGGGCGGCAUCCCCAGCUCGGAGCAUCUGUUGCCUGAGCUCCUGAAGGAGGCUGGCUACACCAGCAAGAUCGUGGGCAAGUGGCACUUGGGUCACAGGCCCCAGUUCCACCCCCUGAAGCAUGGGUUUGAUGAGUGGUUCGGCUCCCCCAACUGCCACUUUGGCCCUUACGACAACAAGGCCAAGCCCAACAUCCCUGUGUACCGGGACUGGGAGAUGGUCGGCAGAUUUUACGAAGAAUUCCCAAUUAAUCUGAAGACUGGGGAAGCCAAUCUCACUCAGAUCUACUUACAGGAAGCCCUGGAUUUCAUCAGAACACAGCAGGCAAAGCACCGCCCCUUCUUCCUCUACUGGGCCAUUGAUGCCACCCACGCCCCUGUCUAUGCAUCAAGGCCUUUCUUGGGCACCAGCCAGCGCGGGCGGUAUGGCGACGCCGUGCGGGAAGUCGAUGACAGCGUAGGGAAGAUACUGAGCCUCCUGAAGCACCUGGGCAUCGGGCAGGACACGUUCGUCUUCUUCACAUCCGAUAAUGGCGCUGCACUCAUUUCUGCUCCCAAACAAGGUGGCAGCAAUGGCCCCUUCCUGUGUGGGAAGCAGACCACGUUUGAAGGUGGCAUGCGGGAGCCAGCGAUUGCGUGGUGGCCAGGGCACAUCGCUGCAGGCCAGGUGAGCCACCAGCUGGGCAGCAUCAUGGACCUCUUCACCACGAGCCUGUCCCUUGCCAGCCUGAAGCCGCCCCGUGACCGAGUGAUUGACGGUCUUGACCUCCUCCCCACCCUUCUGCAGGGCCGGCUGGUGGACAGGCCAAUAUUCUAUUACCGAGGAAACACACUGAUGGCCGCCACCCUUGGCCAGUACAAGGCCCACUUCUGGACUUGGACCAACUCCUGGGAGGAAUUCAGACAGGGCAUCGAUUUCUGCCCGGGGCAGAAUGUCUCAGGAGUCACCACCCACACCCAGGAGGAGCACACGAAGCUGCCCCUCAUCUUCCACCUAGGCCGAGACCCAGGAGAGAAAUUCCCACUCAGCUUUGCCAGUGCUGAGUACCAGGAUGCCCUGGACAGAACCACCUGGGCUGUCCAGCAGCAUCAAGAGGCCUUGGUCCCCGGCCAGCCGCAGCUCAACGUGUGUGACCGGGCAGUCAUGAACUGGGCGCCCCCAGGCUGUGAAAAGCUGAGGAAGUGCCUGACACCUCCAGAGUCGGCUCCCACCAAGUGCUCCUGGCCCCAUUAGUAUCUGGACCCAAGCCAGGCUCAGAAUCCCCAGCCGGAGGGUAAGAAGGCUCUGGCCUCAGGACUCCCACGUUGGAAGAGUUCCAGUUGCCCUCUGCCUUGCCCACCCACCAGAUGGCACCUGCAACCAGCAGCAGAGCCCUGAGACCACACCCGACCCGUGGAGACUAGUCCACGGUCCGGGGCUGUCCAUUCCUGGGCCUGGCCACACAGCUGGCUGUGAAGGGUGGGGCUCUGACCACGGUGGCCCAUCUGUGCCCAGUGCCCUCUCCAGGGCCUGGAGGCCAGGGGGCACUUUCUCACUGCUCCUGUGUCUGCUUCACCCUUGGCAUUGAACACAUUGGUGCUGAUACUCAACGGAGUCCUCAGUGCUGGGCAGGCAGGACACCACGCAUCCACAUCGGCCCUCCCCUCCUGCAGCGCUGUGAGCCGCGGGGAGGUGGGGAGCAGGAAGGCAGACUCAGCCGGCCAUGGCAGAGCCGCUGUCACUUCCCCACGAGGGGCCCUGGGUCUCCCACCCAGCUAGUCCAGCACAGUGAGGCCCGCGGACUGCAGCUGCUCCUGUCAAUCUCCCGGGCCCCUCCCUGAACAGUGAGUGACACUGCACCAGCCGCUGAAGGCUGCCAUGAACGUUUCCAUAUCUGUACAGUGACCAACGACGAAACUGAAUUGUGAAAGUUGAGACAUUCCAACGAAGUUUAGAA